AUGAAUGCAACAUCCCUUCCGAAAGAUGAUCAGGCAUGGUUUAUUCAAUUUUAUGUGCCGUGGUGCUAAAAAUGUAAAGAAUUAAGACGUGAUUGGUAAAUGGUAUCAAACACCAGAGAAAUAGAUAUAAUUUAUGGCUCUGUGAAUUGUGUUGAGAGUAUUAAUGCAUGCAUGAGAUUUGAUGUAGAAGAUUAUCCUACCUUUAUAUAUAUUGCAAAGGAUACUGCCUAUGUGUACUAAGGGAAUGCAACCGCAGCUAGUUUGUCUCAAUUCACCUAAAAGAAAAAAUAUCUUAAAUCUUAAAAAAGCUUUUAGUUUGGUCGUGAAAGGAAUGUUUUAGAGACGACAAACUAAUAUGGGAUAAGAUUAAAAGAGCAAUUCAUUAGCUUAGUUGAAUGGGUUUUUGAUUAACUAGACAUGCACUAUAUACCGCAAGAAUACAAAAUGAUAGGAGUAGCAAUUAUAGUAGUUAGUCCCUGCGUGUUGAUGAUAAUUAUAUCUAUUUGCCAUGCAGCAAAGAUUUUUAAGGCUGGUGGUCAAACUAAUAAAAAGAAUAUUCAUUCAGAUAAAGCUGAAAAUAAUUAGGCAGCUGAUGGCAAAUAAAACCAAAAUAAUUUAAACAAUAAAUAAAAGACUGAAUGA